ACACGCGUUCCUCUUUGCGUCUCCCUCCACCGGGCCGGGCUUCCAAGUCUGUGGUGGCGCAGCCGAAAGGUUCGGGGAUGGAGGCCGCCGCCGACGAGGAGCAGGAGGGGCUCUCCGCGCAGUCGCCGGCGCAGGCGCCCCCAUCAUCAGCUUCUUCUCUUCCCAAGGAGCAAUCGCAGGUGGAGUUGGAGCUGAGGCUGCUCCAGGCUCUCGAGUUCUACCCUCCAUCCAAACUGAAAGGCAUUCAUCGUCACUUUGUUCUGUAUGGCCUCAUGGAGCACUUGAGAAAAAGCCUGGAUAGACAGUUCUCUGCCGACGAAGUUCUGCAGCUGCUGGACCGCUUCUUCAACCUGGAAAUGCUGAAGCCAGAUGACGAGGAGAAGGAUAAUUUCAGCCAGGCGGAGGAAUUCGCCUUGCCAGACAGCUUCCUCAAGAAGGAAGAAUGAUCACAGGUAGCCCCCGCAGGUAGUACGUAGAAGAGAAGGAUGCGUCGGCUUCAGUCUGACCCCGACUUGUUUGUAGUUCUUACCCCAGGCCAUCAUGCGCUGGAGGGCGUAGAAGCAUAGAACGGAUCAGCCAUCCGCUCAUAGCUGUGUUGCAUUCACCGACUUGUAGAGCUGGAUCAGCGUCAGUAAACCAUGCAUUUCUUUUGGAUAAUUUUCAGCGAUCUGGUCACCGGCUGAAAUUGUGUGAAA